GUAUAUUGUCGUUAUCUUAUGUGAUUCAUUAUUUAAACACAUUGUAUCUAUAUGAUUCUCGAUAAACUUUGAUAAACGAAAAUCCAGCUUAUAAAAUACGUAAUAAAUGGCGUAUCUUUAAUAAUCAGGACUAUAUAACGGAAUAACUGGGAUAGUAUUCAAAUAGUAUUCAAUGUGCGCUUGCAAGAACUAUAUUGCUAAAAAAUGUAUGUAUAUGUGAAACAGUGAUAAAUUUGCAGUUUUAAAAGAGAACAUUUUAUAACAAUGAUAUCCAAGAUAAUUAUAAGAUUUGCUUUUACAAUCGGCGUUUUCGUCUCUUGGACCUUACACUCAGUAGCCAAUGACGACAUCUUCCCAAAAAUUCCAGAUUAUGACGAUUUGUGCAAGGAUGGCGUGAUCUCUUUAAACUUCUCCAAUACAAAGAUCUCUGAAAUUGGUUCCGAUUUCGUCAGCAGUCCACUGAUUGUUUGCCUUAACUUUACAAAUAAUCAUGUUGAAAGAAUCGCGCCAAACGCAUUUAGAAAACUUUCAAGUUUAACUAAUCUUUUUCUUUCUAAUAACGAACUUGGCAAUCCAGAUCAACUCUUCAGUUUCGGUGGUCAUAAGAAAUUGAAGGUUCUCAUUCUAAAUAACGCAACACAUAGUACAUAUUCAAUACCAACUAUGAUUUCCGGAGAGUAUCCUAAUUUAGAAAUUUUAAUUGCCCGCAAUAACAGCUUGUUUGAUCUAAAAAAAAAAUUAUUAUUUCAAUUUUAUUUUGUUCCUGCAUUUUCAGAUAAUCCAUUUCCUAAAUUAAAAAUUUUAGAUCUCUCCGAAAACAAAUUAAGAUAUACUACUUUUGUAAAUUUUCUACCAAACAGCUUACAAUAUCUAAAUCUACGCAAUAACAACAUACCUUCUUUGCAAUUAAAAGAAAAGGGAGAAAAUCUACUUGCUCUAAAUAUAGAUAACAAUGUAUUGUACGACGUGGGAUAUUCAUACCUAACACUGAAACGUUUGAAAAACCUGAGCUAUCUUUCUCUCUCCGGAAACAUAAUUAAAACUGUCACUUCAGACGCUUUCCGUGACACCAACAAAUUGUCGUACUUAAAUCUAUCUGCAAAUAACAUAGACAGUCUGUAUCCAGAUACGUUUGCGAACCUACAAUUCUUGAAUACGCUCGACCUAAGUAAUAACAAUCUUAAAAAUAUUCCGCAGAUUUCAAAUGUAAUAAAUAUCACUGUUCUAUAUUUAAGUUGCAACGAAAUAGAAAGAAUAUUCUCGCAUGCUUUUAUACAAACACCAAAACUGACAAAGUUGUUAUUAGGAGGGAAUCAAAUUAAUCAAAUUGAUGCUGAAGCGUUCACUUAUCUUUCUGUUCUGGAAGAGCUAGAUUUGUCGGGAAAUAAAUUAAGUUCUUUACCGAAAAAUUGGACAGAAUCAAUUGUAUCUCUAAAAUACUUGGAUUUGAGUAAUAAUACAUUCAUUUCACUAGAAUUUGCUUUUACAAUCGGCGUUUUCAUUUUUUGGACCUUACACUCAGUAGCCAAUGACGACAUCUUCCCAAAAAUUCCAGAUUAUGACGAUUUGUGCAAGGAUGGCGUGAUCUCUUUAAACUUCUCCAAUACAAAGAUGUCUGAUAUUGGUUCCGAUUUCAUCAGCAGUCCACUGAUUGUUUGCCUUAACUUUACAAAUAAUCAUGUUGAAAGAAUCGCGCCAAACGCAUUUAGAAAACUUUCAAGUUUAACUAAUCUUUUUCUUUCUAAUAACGAACUUGGCAAUCCAGAUCAACUCUUCAGUUUCGGUGGUCAUAAGAAAUUGAAGGUUCUCAUUCUAAAUAACGCAACACAUAGUACAUAUUCAAUACCAACUAUGAUUUCCGGAGAGUAUCCUAAUUUAGAAAUUUUAAUUGCCCGCAACAACAGCUUGUUUGAUCUAAAAAAAAAAUUAUUAUUUCAAUUUUAUUUUGUUCCUGCAUUUUCAGAUAACCCAUUUCCUAAAUUAAAAAUUUUAGAUCUCUCCGAAAACAAACUAAAAUAUACUACUUUUGUAAAUUUUCUACCAAACAGCUUACAAUAUCUAAAUCUACGCAAUAACAACAUACCUUCUUUGCAAUUAAAAAAAAAGGGAGAAAAUCUACUUGCUCUAAAUAUGGAUAACAAUCCGAACAUAAUUAAACUAGUCACUUCAGACGCUUUCCGUCGAACAUCCAACAAAUUGUCGUACUUAAAUCUAUCUGCAAAUAACAUAGACAGUCUGUAUCCAGAUACGUUUGCGAACCUACAAUUCUUGAAUACGCUCGACCUAAGUAAUAACAAUCUUAAAAAUAUUCCGCAGAUUUCAAAUGUAAUAAAUAUCACUGUUCUAUAUUUAAGUUGCAACGAAAUAGAAAGAAUAUUCUCGCAUGCUUUUAUACAAACACCAAAACUGACAAAGUUGUUAUUAGGAGGGAAUCAAAUUAAUCAAAUUGAUGCUGAAGCGUUCACUUAUCUCUCUGUUCUGGAAGAGCUAGAUUUGUCGGGAAAUAAAUUAAGUUCUUUACCGAAAAAUUGGACAGAAUCAAUUGUAUCUCUGAAAUACUUGGAUUUGAGUAAUAAUACAUUCAUUUCACUAGAGUCUUUAUCUCUAACGAGUACGUUGCCGUUGAUCGAACUGUAUAUCGCGAUGAAUUCGCUAGGACGUCUAAAUAUCAGAUAUUUUGAGAAUUUGCCGCAAACUCUUACUGUAAACUUAGAGCAAAAAUCAAAUUUUUCACAGCUCUGCAGACAUAGAUAAUAAGAUUUUGAUGCUAUAAAUAUACUUAUUUAUCAUGUUUCAUUGCAUAAAUUUCGACAUUUGCGAGAUAUAUUUUGCAUAAUUUGAAUUUUUCGAUAUAAAUCAGCCUGUAAUCUUAUGUAACGCAUUUAUGACUGUAAUAAUC